GCCACGGCGAGCGUGCGAGAGAGGGAAUAGGAGAGCAGCAGCAGCAGCUGAGUGAGCGAACAGGAGGGAUAGAAUCAUUUCGGUUAUCUUCCCCGAGACUUAUCACUCGUCGGCCUGUCACUUGUACCGCUCCGUGCCGAGUCUUGACUUGAGAGAGGACCGCCGCCGCCGCCGCCGCCGCCGCCGCCGCAGCAGCAGCAGCCCAGGUCGGGUCCGCUCUCCCCGGGCAAAAAGAAAAAAGGGGAGACAAAAAAUAUAAAACUCCUCGAAACGCGGUCGUCUCAGCUGGCAUGAGCUAACCUACCAGACGGUCAUGGAAACCAAACCGUUCCUGUCAUUGGGGUUCCUGAAACCCCAGUGCUCGUUGGCUCACCCCAUGCAGCGAGGCCGCUCGGGCGAGGCGUGUUCCUGCUUCAGCGGCAUGUGUCCCCUCCACCAGCGCCGCCUGUCCUCAGGUAACACUCAUCGCGUGGAAGCCCCCACGCUGCUACCUGGGUGCUGGUCGGCCCUCGGGGAAAAAUACUCGUCGGGCCAGCUGACCUCCUCGCCCCUGGGCUCACCCACGUCCCACCGGGGGAUGCACCCGUCUCUGCUCAGCCCGACGUCCAUGGGGCCCUCGGGCUCCCUCCACUCUCCCAUCAGCUCGCUGAGCUCGCCCAUGAAUGGCCUUGGCUCGCCCUUCUCCGUCAUCAGCUCGCCCAUGGGUCCCCACUCCAUGAACUCGCCCGGCAUGGGAUACGGCCCCAGCGUCAGCCCCCAGCUGAACUCCCCGAUGCACUCGGUCAGCAGCACGGAGGACAUCAAGCCCCCGCUGGGCCUCAACGGCGUGAUGAAGGUGCCCGCCCAGCCCUCGGGCACGAUCCUGUCGCUCACCAAGCACAUCUGUGCCAUCUGCGGCGACCGCUCCUCAGGUAAACACUACGGGGUGUACAGCUGCGAGGGCUGCAAAGGUUUCUUCAAACGGACGGUGCGCAAAGACCUCACCUACACGUGCCGCGACAGCAAGCACUGUGUCAUCGACAAGCGCCAGAGGAACCGCUGCCAGUACUGCCGCUACCAGAAGUGUUUAGCCAUGGGCAUGAAGAGAGAAGCCGUUCAGGAGGAGCGCCAGCGAGCCAAGGAGAGGAACGAGAACGAGGUGGAGUCCACCAGCUGUGCCAACGAGGACAUGCCCGUGGAGAAGAUUCUAGAGGCCGAGCAGGCGGUGGAACCCAAAAACGAGACCUACAUCGAGACCAACAUUGGCGCGCCAUCUAAUUCGCCCAACGACCCGGUGACAAAUAUUUGUCAGGCGGCUGACAAACAGCUCUUCACCCUGGUGGAAUGGGCCAAGAGGAUCCCCCACUUCUCUGAGCUGCCGCUGGACGACCAGGUCAUCCUUCUACGAGCAGGUUGGAACGAACUCCUCAUCGCAUCGUUUUCGCACCGCUCGAUAUCGAUCAAAGACGGUAUCCUGCUGGCGACCGGGCUGCACGUCCACCGCAACAGCGCCCAUAGCGCCGGUGUGGGAGCCAUCUUCGACAGAGUGCUCACAGAGCUGGUGUCGAAGAUGAGGGACAUGCAGAUGGAUAAGACGGAACUGGGGUGCCUUCGAGCUAUCGUCCUGUUCAACCCAGACUCCAAAGGUCUGUCCAAUCCAGGUGAGGUCGAAGCUCUGAGAGAGAAGGUCUACGCGUCUUUAGAGGCCUACUGCAAACAGAAGUACCCCGACCAGCCCGGCAGGUUCGCCAAACUGUUGCUGCGGUUACCAGCGCUGCGCUCCAUCGGCCUCAAGUGUCUGGAGCACUUGUUCUUCUUCAAGCUCAUCGGGGACACGCCCAUCGACACCUUCCUCAUGGAGAUGCUAGAAGCCCCGCAUCAAAUGACAUAAUUGCAGAGAGGGUUGAGCCCCCCCCUCCCCCCCCCCAUGCCUCCACAUCUCCUACCAGCCCUGAAUCCAGUCUCCAGCGAGGGACAGAUCACCUCUCCUGCCCCCUCUCUCCCUUUUGGAUGCGUUUUAAAACAAUGAAUUCAUCGUGUCUAUGGGUCUGUUUUAUACCUUGUAAAAAAAAUAUAAAUAAGAAUUUUAUAUAGAUAUGAAAAUCACACGGCGACACAAGUGACAACGGUGGACUUGGACUGAGGUCGGACAGAAGACAAAAGAAGCGCAUGGAGCCGUCGUUUUCAUCCUCGCCUUUCCUACACGGCGACAAGAAACAGCAGACGAUCGGGUUCUCACACCCACAGUUGCAGGUAUUUUGAAGAAGAAGAAAAAACAUAAACAAAAAUACAAACAGCAUUGAUGUCACAUUUGGACACUCAGCGUUGUGAUCGGGACAAUCGUGGACUGGGAGAGCCUCAGGACUGAACUCACUUCAGGGAGGGACGGUGUGUGGGGGCUGAGGAGGGGGCGGAGGGGGAGGGAGACGUCGUUCUCUCGCCCGACUCGACGGAACACGUCAGGUCUUGCACUAGCCGCCGCGAGACGUUUUCUGGAGUCGAAACCCGGAGGAAGUGGGUUUUUGACGAGACUGCAAGUGCUUAAAAGAAAACAAACCUCAGGUGUCGGCCCGAUUCCAGCGAAUACGAACCGCGUCCUACUCCGCCAGCACUGUGCGACAUCGGGGAGGACGGCAUUCUAGUCAGGUCGGCCCUUCAGUUGGUGUCGACCGAGCCGAGUACGGGAGAGCUCGCCACGUGCGAUAUAUCGGCGCAGGAAGAUGGCACAUUAGCUUUACGACGCCGCGCUCGGCGACGCUCCGGCCAAACGCGGCUAUUUUUGCUGCAACGUUGGCUGCAAAGUGAGCGCCUCAUCAGUUGAAGGGUCCCUUCUCUGACCUCCCCCCACACAUUCUCAUUUCACAUGACUCUCAGCACACCUUUUUCCUUAUCCCAUGUGGCGGGAUAUCAGCUUUCUUUUUCCCUGCAAACACCGACAUCUACCUGCACAGAGUUACAGCCGGACACAGUAUUGACUUCAGCAGCAGCAGCGAUGCACCAUUACCUCUGUUCUCCGUCCGUCAGACCGCUCGGCCCAACCGUUAACGGCGCGCGGGAGAAGAGCUCGCUGGCAGCAGCUGAGACAUUGUUUUCUUGUUUGUUUGUUUGUUCUGUUACUUGGCACUUAACCUCAUGACGGGCGGACUCGGGUUCCUAAACGGAGAGCGGGUGUCGACGUGAUGAACCUCUGAGGUGGAACCCUGGCCGCUCCCUCUGCACUUCUCUGGACAACUCAAGUGGAACUGAAAUGUUGGACAUCUCCAUGUUGUGUGUAAUUAUGCUUUAUGCCCGUAUUCUGUCUCCCCCCCCUCCCCCCCUUCCUCCUCUGCUUCUCUCUAAAUGCUGCAGCUGCUGCGAAACUAUGCAUCCAGUGCAUUUCCAAAGAUUGUCCACAGAGCGUGUGCGUGUUAGCGUGCUCUCAAACGGGUCACGUGUGAGGUGUACGAUGGUUUUUGCCUGGACCGGAGUAAACAACUUCUUUAGGUUCUAUCGCCCCCUACUGUUCAGACCUCUGGUAGUCAUUGUGUACGGGUUUAUUCACUAUUGACAGAAAACAAACUGUUUUAAUUGAACAGUGGAGCCAGGCAGAGCUCGAGGUUGUGGUAAAUAACAGCUGUUGCCGAGUACGACUCGAGAAGAACAAAAAACACAUUCAGGAUUUUCUUCCUCUUUCGGCUCUUUCAUGAGCGCCUCGACAAUAACUGGACCUGAGGAAAAGAAAUACCCCGAGCACUUCAUCAUCCUGUGAUGAACUGAAAUGAUUAACGGUCUCGCGCCUAUGGAGCCUCGAGUGUGCCACUUUUCAGUCUUUAAUUAUGAUUAAUUUAUACAUAUUGCAAUACAUUUAAUAAAAUAUGAAUUAGGUCUGUAUUUCAAUCAUGCAUUUAAAAAAAAUGAUUUUAAAAUAGCAUCAUAAUACUGAUUUUUUAAUUUUAUUUUAUAUUCUACAUCACACAAUGUAUCUCUUGUUUGCUGUCACUUAAAUGAAUCGGAGACCGACCCACAGAGCAGCAACAGGCGCUUCUAUUGGCCGGCUGCUGGCUUGUGAUCCGCCCUUUUAUUAUCACACUUUUUUAAAUUGUUGGAUUAUAUUGACAUAUUAAUUGACAAUUCUGAAAAGUUUUAAAUAUUCCGGUGGCACCAUAUCGACUCCAUUGAUGCGAUGACCACGUGUCAACUUCUUUCAUCACGAUCGGGGUCCAGUUCCACAGCAGGUGGGGGUCAGCUUUACAGAUGUUACACCCCCCCCCAACAGUUUUUCCUCCACCAGUAUUUAAUCCGACAGGGAGAGAUGGCACUUUCUGUGUCACGUUAACUCAGACUAAUAUCCCUCCGCGUCCGUCAGAACCGAAAGAGGAGCAGCAAUAAUUUGAGCUCUGACGCUCGUGGUGGAUCGAUGGCGCCGGUCAGUUUACACUAUUUAUAUCCCCGAGCAAUUAUUGACAACAACAAAAUAAACAUUAGCUGAUAACUUUUUACAAUGUCCGUUUUAUUCUGGGCUACAUUUGCUAAAUUUUAUUUAUAUUUUUUUAACGGUCGUUUUUUUCAACUGAGUGACCCCGCCCCCCCAACUUUCAAUUGAAUAUCCUCCUGCUCCUUGCAGUCCGCCCCCCCCCCCCUUAAAUUUACUGUGAUUGGCCGAGCGCAGGUCUCUUAAGCCAUAGUGGACGACGUGCGACCCCGCCUCCCCUUGCAGGAACCGAACAGA